CUCACCUGCCUGCAUAAAAUAACCGAGCUUUACUAUAUAAUUUCUCCUUUCACAAAGGUUUUAAAUGCUCGUCGUGCCGCUUGGGUCUCAAUUUGCCCUCUUGCCCACUACUCUUGCUCCUGCGACUGCUGCUAUCCAUCAUCAACCGCAACCAUUGCCAUUCCUUCUUCUCCUUCUUCUUCGCACUCCAUCAUUAAUUGCUCCUAGAACUCCCCAUAUCUAAAUUUUCUCGCUGUUUUUUUCUGUCGAUCCCAACUCCCCUUCCGAUUCCUCACCAUUAUCCAUCGCUUCAACUUUUAACUUGGUUGUUCCCAGUUUUAAUUUGAAAACAAAAGGGAAAAUGGAAACUAUUUGGUGGGUGUUGUGGGGUUUCUCUUCUUUUCAUUAAUGUGAGUUUCUGUUGGAGAUCAAGGAGCUGUAGUCUCUGUGCGUAUUCCAUUUUUUUUUUUCUUGUUCGAGGUUUUUUUCCCCAAAAACGAAAGUACAGAACAAGAAACUGAAACCGUAAACAAACAUUUGAAAAGAGGAAAUUGGGUUCCUGGUGGAUUUUGUUUGUUUUCUUCCUUAGUUCCAAAGCAGCGAACCGCAUUGUCUUUUUGAAAAUCUCUCUCUGGGGUUGUUGGGCCUGCUGGAGACUUUGAUAUUCAAUCAUUUGAAUUUUUUUUACACCUUUAUUUUUAAAAGCUCUGUUUUGUGUCAUCUUACUGCCGGGUUGCUGCUGCAGCUUCAAUGUCCCACCAACUUCAGCCUCUACCAUUUGUUUGUACGGACACAAACUCAGCUCUCUUUCUCUCUUAGAGGUAUCCUCGAAGUUAGAAAGUAGGAUAUGAAAAUAAAUUUUUUUUCUUUUCACCCAUUGUUAGUUGUAACCUCCGUAUCAUUUUGCAAGUGAAGUUUCCUUUUUCUUGGUUGCGAUUCUUUUGAUACAACAAGCGAUUGUUGCAUCAUGGGUUGUCCAAAUAGCUAUGCCUUUAUAUGCCAUGUCUAUGGCGUUUUUUCUCGAAGUGUUAGUUUCGCUUAUUUGAAUUCUUUCAUGAAAGCUUUGCAUUUUUGACUGAUCGUUUUAUUGGGAAAUUUUGAAUUUGAAAUUGAAGAUGUUAUUCGACCUCUGCCUUUUUCUUCUUUUGGUUCCUGCUUUCGUACAGUCUUUGGACUCAACAUUCAACGAUGAUGUUCUUGGGUUGAUAGUCUUCAAGGCCGGUCUUCAUGACCCGGAGUCUAAACUAGCGUCAUGGAGUGAAGAUGAUGAGAAUCCCUGCAACUGGGUCGGUGUCAAGUGCGACCCUAAAACGCAGCGAGUUGCCGAGCUGGUUCUCGAUGGCUUCUCUCUUUCUGGGCACAUUGGCCGCGGUCUUCUACGGCUGCAGUUUCUUCAGAUUCUGUCACUAUCAAACAACAACUUCACUGGCACCAUAAACCCUGAUCUUUCUCAGCUUGGGGUUUUACAAGUUGUCGACUUGAGUCAGAACAACCUCUCUGGGUUGAUCCCUGAUGGAUUUUUUAAGAAAUGUGAAUCCUUGAGAUCGGUUUCAUUUGCUAGGAAUAAGCUUACUGGACAAAUUCCUGAAUCUUUGAGCUGGUGCACGUCAUUGGCGGCAGUUAAUUUCUCAUCCAAUCAGCUUUCUGGGGAAUUGCCAUCUGGAUUAUGGUUUUUGAAGGGGCUUCAAUCCCUUGAUUUAUCUGAUAAUUUGCUGGAGGGAGAGAUUCCUGAAGGGAUCGCAAAUGUAUAUGGUUUGACAGCCAUUAAUUUGCAGAAGAACAGCUUCUCUGGACAGCUUCCAUUGGAUAUUGGAGGUUGUUUGCUUUUGAAAAUGCUUGAUUUUAGUGAGAAUUCUCUAUCUGGAAUACUUCCAGAGUCAUUAGGGAGACUUAGGGCGUGCACUUCUCUUAGAUUGCGAGGAAAUUCAUUUGCAGGGGAAAUUCCUGGUUGGAUUGGCGAAUUAACAAAUCUGGAAAGUUUAGAUCUUUCUUCCAAUGAAUUUUUUGGUCGGAUUCCAACAUCAAUAGGAAACCUUAAUCUGGUGAAAGAAUUAAAUCUGUCUAGGAAUCGUCUUACAGGAGGGUUGCCCCAGUCAAUGGCAAAUUGUCUUAACCUUUUGGUUCUAGAUAUCAGCCAGAAUGGAUUAGCAGGAAGUCUUCCACCAUGGAUUUUCAAGAUGGGCCUAAAAAGUAUCUCACUUUCUGGAAACGGACACAGUAACAGUAUGCAAUAUCCUUCAGUUGCCUCUCUCACAGCCUCUCUUCAAGGGCUUAAGCUCUUGGACCUAUCUUCAAAUGGCUUAUCUGGUGAAAUUCCAUCUGAUAUUGGGGUGCUUAGCAGCUUGCUGUUAUUGAAUGUAUCCAGAAACCGAUUAUUUGGUUCUAUUCCUUCCAGCAUUGGAGAAUUGAAGACGAUCCAAGUUCUCGAUUUAAGUAAUAAUAAGCUACAUGGAAAAGUUCCUUCUGAAAUUGGAGGAGCAGUGUCACUUGUGGAGCUGAUAUUGGAAAAGAACUUCAUAACUGGGAAUAUUCCAACUCAAUUACAAAACUGCUCAUCUUUAGCAUCUUUAAUGCUAUCUCAGAACAACCUGAGUGGUCCGGUGCCAGCAGCUAUUGCAGACAUUGGCAACCUCCAAUAUGUGGACUUGUCUUUCAACAGCCUCUCUGGAAGCUUGCCAAAGGAGCUAACAAAUCUUUCCUACCUUGUGUCAUUCAAUGUUUCCCAUAACAACCUACAAGGUGAGCUACCAGUUGGGGGUUUCUUCAACACCAUUUCCCCAUCAGCUGUCUCUGGAAAUCCGUCGCUGUGUGGUUCUGUUGUCAACCGCUCUUGCCCUUCUGUCCAUCCAAAGCCCAUUGUUCUAAACCCCAACUCUUCUGCCUCCUCCAAUGGCUCCUCUUUAAAUUACAACCAUCGAAAAUUUGCUCUCAGCAUCUCUUCCCUCAUUGCUAUUGGUGCAGCUGCUUUCAUCGCCAUUGGUGUGGUAGCUGUGUCUCUCCUCAACAUCCAUGUACGAUCUUCCAUGACACGAACUCCUGCUGCAUUCACUUUAUCAGGUGGGGAAGAUUUCAAUUGCUCCCCAACUAAUGAUCCAAACUACGGCAAACUUGUAAUGUUUUCGGGUGAUGCUGAUUUUGUUGCUGGUACUCAUGCAUUACUGAACAAGGACUCUGAACUUGGUCGUGGUGGUUUUGGAGUUGUUUACCGAGCAAUACUUCAAGAUGGGCGUUCAGUUGCCAUAAAGAAACUAACAAUAUCAAGUUUGAUAAAGUCCCAAGAUGAAUUUGAGAGAGAAGUGAAGAGACUUGGAAAGAUUAGGCACCAUAAUCUUGUGGCACUAGAAGGUUAUUACUGGACUUCAUCCUUGCAGCUCCUUAUUUAUGAAUACAUAUCCAAUGGGAGUUUGUAUAAGCAUCUCCAUAAUGGACUCAACACAAACUGCCUGUCCUGGCGACAGAGGUUCAACAUAAUUAUGGGGAUGGCAAAAGGUUUGGCUCAUUUGCAUCAUAUGAACAUAAUUCACUACAAUCUAAAAUCAACCAAUAUUCUGAUAGAUGAUUGUGGUGAGCCAAAGGUUGCAGACUUUGGCCUGGCAAGACUAUUGCCAAUGUUUGACCGUUGUAUCCUAAGCAGCAAAAUCCACAGUGCAUUAGGUUAUAUGGCUCCUGAGUUUGCUUGUCGAACUGUGAAGAUAACUGAGAAAUGUGAUGUUUAUGGGUUUGGAAUCUUAGUUUUGGAGGUGGUGACAGGUAAGAGACCGGUGGAGUAUAUGGAGGAUGAUGUGGUGGUGCUUUGUGAUUUGGUGAGGGGAGCUCUAGAGGAUGGCAGGGUGGAGGAGUGUCUUGAUGGAAGGCUUGGGGGAAAUUUUCCGGCAGAUGAGGCGAUUCCAGUGAUAAAACUUGGUUUAAUAUGUGCAUCUCAAGUGCCAUCAAAUAGACCAGACAUGGAGGAAGUGAUCAACAUUUUAGAGCUGAUCCAAUGUCCUGCAGAGAGCCAAGAGUUGGAAUGAAUUAAACCUCUGGUGUUCAAGAAAAGAUACAAAAGUAUGUGUUCUCCGGCGAAGAAGAAUCCGGUUUUGAUAUAUUGUUGAAUCCACUUUUUCCGCCUCAAAUGCUUAUUUACUGUCAUUGUAAUUUUGUUUGUAUCCUUUUUUUUAUUUUCCAUCAAGAGUUCGUCCCGGAUUCUUUUUCAUCGGCUGGAUAUAGAGUCCUUCAAAUAUUGCAUCAAUUAUACAUCUUCCUUACAGAUCGUAUAUACUUGACUGAA